UUACGCAUUAUUACAGCUGUAAUGAUAAUGCUUGCACAAAAUCUGCUGCGAUUUUACUUGGUAUUGGAAUAACAAUAAUUAUUGCCUCAACCACACCAAACAGAAUGACGACUUUUCUUGUUUAUAUUAUUUUAUUCAAUUCUUACUGUGUUUUGGUGCAAACAUACGGAUAUAAUCAAUCGGAGAAUAAACCGAAACAGGACAGCGAGAACAGGACUAGUUUUCCGUUCGUUAGAAACACUCGCCACAAAAGAAAAGUUUGCAAAGAGUUUCGCGCCAUAGAAACCAACUUCCGGACCUACUUCAAAAGCCUUAUGUCUAACUACAGCAACUACGUCCCGCCGUUCUAUCUUAAGGAAGGGGCCGGAACAGACAGUAACUUUGCUCUGAAUAUUCGCAUACAACCAGAAUUGCUAGUCGAAUUGGAGGACGUUGAAGAACGGAUGACUACCGUUCUUAGUUUUCUUAUGGAAUGGAAGGAAUCUAAUCUGGCCUGGGCUGGAAUGAUGACGAACGUGUAUUCCAUUAUCCUUGACGCUGGCAUGCUCUGGAAGCCACACAUUGACAUCGGAAAUCCCCACCCUGGUCUGCGAAUGAUGACGGAUACAAUGCCUGUUGUCGAUAAAAAGAUUCUGUUGGAGUUUAAAGGUGAUGUGACCUGGAGCUUCGUUUGGACAGUGGACACCAGGUGUGAUAUCGAUGUCACCUACUAUCCCUUUGACCGUCAGCGCUGUUUCAUUGUCUUGAUUCUUUCUAGCGACCUUGAACGUUACAUUCGUUUUAACCACAGCGUUCCAAGCGGAGCGCUCGACAAUGGAAACUGGAAACAUGUAUCAACGUCCAUAUACAAUUACACAAAUUUCAAAACCCAGAAGACGCAUAUAAUCCUUGAUUAUAUGUUUGACAGAAAUUCCAUAAAACCAAUUCUAGUUUUCAUAGCUCCAGUGACCGUUCUUAUUUCCCUAUUGCCUUUGGUGUUUGUACUUCCGAAUGAGGGAUCUGAGAGACUUAGCAUCGCGAUGACCGUGCUCUUGGCCGUUUCCGUAUACAUGACGAUGGUCGUCGACAAGCUUCCUGAAUCUUCAGACCCGCUACCGUUUAUAACUACCGUCUUCUUUACUUUGUACGUUUACAACGCAUUCGUCAUUCUUCUUAUCAUCUUCAACGACAAAAUGUACCGUAAAAGCAACAGGAAAGCGGUCCCGUUUUUUCUUCAAGGUCUGGUUGAAAUAACCCGGCGCUGCUUUUGUUUGGAUCUCAACGCCAAUGGCAAUGAUGACGAAAUCGUUUCAUGUACUGAUGUGUUAGAAAAACAUAUUGAGAAAUGCCGAGAAAACGACCGUACACAGAGAAGAAUAACAUGGAGAAAUGUAAGCUCGGCGCUGGACAAAUGUUUUUUAAUCACCUUGUACGCCUUGGAGGUGAGCUAUGCGGUCGUCGCCAUUGUUGUGCUCUCUUCCGGGAAGACGCACACACCUGGACCCUACAGAGCUCUAGGAGACUUUCAGUUUGAGACUCCCCAAGUCAUCACUGGAGACGGAAAGAAGUUUGAGUGCAUUAAAUGGGAAUGAGAAAAGGAAAAGAACUCUGUCAAAAGAAAACAACACAAAAACUAUUGUUAUUGAUACAAUAGUUUUUCAAAUAUGAUACUGUAUUUUGUGUAUUUAUUCUAAUUUAAUGUUCCGUUUGUCAAAUCUUCUAGCUGUGUUAGACCACCACAUUCACAAAAAAACAUGUUUUACCGAAAGUUGUGAAUUUUGUUCUUGAUAGUCAUUGAACAAUUUCCAAACGUAUCGGAGCACAUCAUUUGUAUUAUUUUUGCUUUUUUGCCCAGGUGAACAUAUGCAGCGAAACCGUUUGGCAAAUGAAAUAAGAUAAACUCAUGUAAUGCUGUUGUUUUUAUUUAUAAUUUUCCUGGACUUGCCCACCUUCACCUUUUGUGAAAUAUAUAUUUGGUUAAUUAUUACAUUUUGACAGUUUUGUUUGUUGUUGUUAUAAUGAUGAAGCCACGAAGCAAAUGAACCUAUUUUAUGAGUCUAAACACCCCAGCCGUCAAAACGAAUCAUAAAUCUAUCUUAAUUUUCUUGAGUCAAAGGGCCGAUUGUUAAGAACUUAAUUUGUUAGAGUAAAUACUUUUAUUUAAAGAGCAUAGUUUUUAACCGUAUAAAAAGUGAAAUAAUUCACAAUGUCCUCAUAUAUUUGCUUAAAACAGUUGUCUCAAAUCUUGUUAAAAUACUGCAGAUCACAUGUGAACCCAUUUACCUCUCAGUGCUGUUACGGUUUUAACGUUAACAGCGAUAACCUUAACAAUGUUUCUAACUUUUACAAAGUUCUAAAUAAUUGGCCCAAUGAAUGGCUAUUUUCUAUAAUUAUCCUUCUAUGUUAAAUAUACUUUUUACGCUUAUCAAUGAAUAAUCAAGUAUAAAUCUGACUCCUAAAAGUCAAGCGAAAAAGCACAAGCUCAAGUAUCCAGUGAAGGCUCUUGGGCCCAUUUUAGGAAAUGAUUUUAGGUGAACGAUUGUUACUUCCUUCAAAUGUCAAAAAUGUCUUGUCGUAAAUAGCAAUACAUUGAUUUUUUUCCCUUAAUAAUCAUUUUUUAACUUACACAAAUACUUUGGAAAUAAAUAAAAUAUUUGCACUCGGAUAAUUUCAAUUUAUGACUUAAAUUAAUUAAGAUCUUUAUCGAAACGUAUCCCUGGCCAAAACUUCUAGAAUCUUCAUAAGCUUUACAGAAGUUUCUUUCAGUAAGCUAAAAUUCAUACUUAUUUUUUUUUUUGGAUAAAUUAAAAAUAUUUUUUUUUGUGAUUGUUUAAUGAUAAUUUGUAUUUAAAGUCAUAUAACGCGUAAAUAAUCAAAAUUAUAAAAUAGUGUGCUUAUAUCACCCUGUUAUAAGGGACUUAAGUAGUUUAGAGAAAUUGGGGCCAGACUCUAAUUUUGUAUCGUGAUAAGGAUUUAAUCGUAACUAAAUAAUCUUAAAUCUGAAUUAACGUCACAUAAAGCUACACUACUUUGUGUUCAUUUUUAUAAUGCUAUUGUUAAGUUUUGUUAUGUUAUGUUUGUUUGUUACUCAUGUCGAAAAUAACUCAUUGUUUCUUGUGAUCAUAUACUCAACAAUAACGAUUUUUGUAUCUUG